UAGAAUUGCAUAUAUAUACUGAAGGCGCUUCUGCUCGGACGUGGGUUUGUUUCACUGGUUGAUUUCUCCUGUUUGUCUAACCACCUAUUAUCAACCAAAGACGUGUAAUUGCGUUUCCAUCAUUUGGUAGCCAUGGCCACAAUAAAAGAAAGAGCCGCGGCGCUGAACCUUGCAGAAAAGUUGUGUGUGCGUCCUCAAGCACAUGGCAAACCAGUCCAGUCUUCCUCCAUGUGGAGUGGCCUCAUCUCCCACCUCAGGUCCACUGUGAGAGUGAAGCGCAGAAGAGUCCACCUCAAGUCUCACAGUGACUGCUUCCUGGGCUCAGAGGCUGUUGAUGUGGUGGCAGAACACAUUCAUUGUGUCAAAGGCUUUGAGGGUGCCAAUGUGUCACGGGACAAAGUAGUGUGCGUGUGCCAGGCUCUGUUGGACUGUAAUGUGUUUGUGGCAGUGGGAACCAGAGUGUUUGGCAAAGACAAGAAGCAGGAUGUGUUUCAGGACAGCAAGAGUGCUCUUUACAGGUUUGUAGAUGUGUGUACUCCUUCGGUAGAUGAGUUGGAAAGAGGUGUGUUGGUAAAUGGGAUCCAAAAACUCUUCUGCAGUGCUCCCUCAGACAGGCAGGAAGAGCAGACAUGUCCCACUGGGUCACAUGUUCAGAUGUCCACCCCUGUCAGAUUUACUCAGGCAUCCAUAAAGGCCAACCAACUGGACACGCCUGCCACUGCCAGCCUGUCACUGGAGCCUCUGGUGGACAGUCUGAAUCUGAGUCCCAGCAGAGUGCAGACUGACACUGUUUUACCACAGUCAUUGGUAGACGAGGUGUGGCAGGAGCAGACGCUGCUCAGGCUGUUAAACCUGGUGGAGCUCCCCCUGCUGGAAGGGGUGCUUCAACGCGGCCAGACCCCAUCCUCUCCCCCUCCAUUAAAUCUGCUGACUCAAAGUAACCCAGACCUGAUCUACAGCAGCAACCACCUGGAUAGACAGAUCCUCAAGGCCUUCAGGAACUCUCAGGAAGAUGAGUGGCUCUGUGCAGCUCUGGACUGUCUGGACUUCCUCCCUGAUCAGCCAGUGGUGGAGCUGAGCAGGGAGCUGCCUCACUGUUUCCCGCAAGAUCCGGACAGCUGUUCACAAGAUGGAGUGCAGUCUCUGAGGUAUGUGUCCACCCCAGUCAGCAACAGUGAUGAGCAGCCUUGUCUCUCCCAGAGUGGUUUGGCCCAAUGUAAGCUGCUGCUGUACACGACCCUGGUGAAACACUACAGCCACACAGACAGACCUCCACUGCUGCCCCAGCACAUGACUGACAUCUACACAGCCAUCACUGACCUGCUGGUGAAUGCCAAAUUUGGCACAGCUCUUGAGGCUCUGCAGCUGUGUCUGAAGCUGCUGCCUCCCUCCUGCAGAGAGGAGCUGCGCAGGCUGCUCACAUUCAUGGCUCUGGCAGCUGACCCGCAUGGGAUGAAACUGGACAAGGAGAUGGAGAACAGACUGGCAGUGAAGAGGUCUUUAUCUAGGGCAAUCCUGCUCUGCAAGGCUCUUUCAAAGGAGAAAGAGGACCUGAUGGUGGUCUUCAUGCUCAGCAACAUAAAGGAAAUUUUUAAGAUACCAGGGGCUCUGCACAAAGGAAUAAGUGACAAGCUGGCCAGCCUCAUACAGGGGAAGCAGCCCGAUGUGACUGGUUCUACGUUCUGUCAGCAGGUCUCCAGCAGGACCUACGCUGACUCUACAAAGAAGACCACCGACCAGGAACUGUGGAUUCUGCUAAACAGCAUCCACCUGGACACCAAGAUGUCUGCCAAGGAGAGAACACGCCUACUCAGACAGUUUUACCAAGCCCACCCAGAGAUAUUUAUCCAGUACUUUGGUGAAUCUGCUGUUGGUGUGCUGUAGAUUUGCGAAGACAAGGACAGCACAUAGCCUAUGUGUUUCUGUCUUCUACAGUCAGUUUCACCAGUAGCUACUUUUUGCUUUUGGGUAAAUACUCGGUCAGUUAGACACAAGCUGACUGACUUAAAAGAAAUGUUUGUGACUGACAAUAAGUCUUUUUUGUGGAGAUUGUAAAGAUACAUAUGGGAAAGACACCUCAGCCAUAUAUGGCACUUGUAUGUGUGUAUUUGCUUUAUUAUUGAACAAAAUAAAUAAACAGUUGAUAUUC